GCCAGACGCAGACGCAGUCGACGUCACAGAAGCACGCCACGGACGGUGAACCACACACGCAAAAUGGCGAACCAGACGCUGGACCAGAUGGUCAAAGGCGCUCCGCCGCCCAGCACAAACGUAAACAAGCUCGCCGAGAGCAUGGAGAGAGACCCGCCGCCAUACUCGGCCUCGAUACUCGCACACGGCCCCCACGACGCAAACGACCGACUCCCUACCAUCAAGACCCCGCGACCGCCCGUCAUUAGCGACCCCACGGCCCUCCUUCCGUCGUCUCCGCCGCAGAUAUACUUGAAUCUCCUCAUCCUAGAAGCCAGUCUGCGCAGCCAGUACCUCACCCUCCGCGCGCGGCGCCGACAAAACACUUUUGUGCUUACGCUGCUGGCGGUAUGGAUAGGCUUCUGCUUUUACCUGCUGUGGCUACGGCCGCGAGAGGACGGCAAGGGAAUUGGUGGUUCACAAUACUGGCUGCUUGAUAUGUUGCAAAAGGUCGGCUUCAUCACGGGUGUGGUUACGGCCCUUUUGUUCUGGGCAACGGGACAAUGGGAGAGAGGAGUCCGAUGGCCACGACGCUGGAUUGGUGUUGCCAACCGCGGGCUGAGGGGAAUGAAUGCCAAGAUUGUCGUCAUAAGAGGGCCGUGGUGGAGAGAAUUGGUCGAGUGGGCGCACUUUGUUGUGCCCUUCUCCGGUGGCCUAUGGGGCGGAGAGACGGGAGGAAGCUCAUAUCACUUUAUCAAUGUUGCACAGGAGAACAAGCAUGCGUUGGACGGAGGCCGCCCACGACACCGUAUAGUCGAGGAUGGCAAGGAGUAUGCCGAGGAAGACAUUGCGCCUGGAGGAGACUACAUCAAGCUUCUUCUUUUACCGAAGCCAUUCACACCCGACUUCCGCCAAGAGUGGGAAGUCUACAGAAACGAAUACUGGGCCACCGAAAACGAGCGACGAGCCGAACUCCGCAAGCGCGUCCGCGCCCGCCAACGCGAAAUCGCCCGCGAAGAAGGCGGCUGGCUCUGGUGGACUGGCUGGCGCGGAUGGAAGCGUGCACGCGGCCUCAGCAGCCGCAGCGCCGACGUCGAGAAAUCCGGCCACCACACCCACGCCCACCACCGCACCCUCUCGCACACCGGCUCCUCCCGCAAGCGCCGCUCCAGCCUCCUCCAGCCAACCCGCAACAGAGACCGCUCCCACUCCCGCAGCUCCUCCCGCAGCAUCACCCCUACCACCACCGACCUCGACAUCGACGCCCGCCUCCGCCCCCUCGAAUCCCGCGAGCGCCGCUGGAGCAACGCCUCCAGCAGCACCACUGCGAGCCGCAAGUCGUCCCUCCGAUCCAGCUCUACGAUUAUCGCCCAAGGAACGGCGCAAUCCGCUCGUCAACCCCCCUCCCCUAUACAAAAGCAAUCAUCGACUUCGUCGAGACCGAGUACACCCAGUGAUGGCAAUGUACCUUCUUCUUGGCAGAGUAAACGAGCCAGUAUGCUGAGCAAUACGGAGAGUAUGAGCGAGUUGAGUGAGGAUCCGGGGUAUGAAGCGUCGGUUGGUGAAGGGAUGGGUAGAAGUGGUGGAGGGAGGAGGGGAAGUGGGAGGGCGGAAAGUGCAUGAUUUUCAUUUUUACCCUUUUUUUUCAUGUUUCCCUCCCUUUAUCAUCAUCAUCAUCGUCCUCAUCUUUUGAGAUUUUUUGAUGGGGGCGUCGUUUGAGAUUUGUGUUUCUUUUUUUUUGUACAGUUAUGAAAAGCGUUUUGUUUCCUUUGGAGAGAGAGAGAGAGAGAGGGAAAGAGAGAAAUUAUGUAGGUCUACAUGGGGCACUUAUGUUCUGGCAUGUUUUUUUUUUCACCAAAAUGAUAUCUUUUUUUCAUUCUUCUCUUAACUUUGUUUUUUUUUACUCUUCUGCAUAGUUUGGUAUCUUCAUCUAGCUACACAGAGUAUUGUACAAGAGAGUAGUUGUAGAAGGUGUUGUAGUGUUACAAUUCUUUUUUUU